AUGUCUUCCGAACCACCUUUGGACCCCUACAAACCCUCUCUCUUCGAACUUUUGUCCUCCACCCAACUUUCGUCACUCCUUCCUCCCUCUCUCCACUACCUCCUAACCAUCGCCACACACCGACAUCCGCGACACCUCCUCCCAAUCCUCAACUCCUUUCACGAAAUCCACGCUCUCCUCUUCCUAGCAAUCGAACACCACUAUCUAACCACCUACUCUUCUUCAUUUGUCGAAAACUUUUAUUCUCUAAAACGGGAACGCGCCUUACCUGCGGCAGUAGGCGAUCUGCGACUUACGGCCGAAGCAGCCAAUGCCAGUCUACGCGAAACGACAAAACUUACAAGAGGGGAUGUAUGGAAGAAUCUUGCUGUGCUCGUUGGAAUUCCAUAUCUUAAACGUCGACUCGAUGAGUCUCAGGAGAUCAAUGCACCGAGAGCACUUCUCGGCGCAAAUUAUACACGCAUGCCACCGAAUCCAACGCUCAAACAACGAUUUCUACAUUAUUAUCGUUGGUUUCUUACGAAUGUAUAUCCCAGCGUGAAUGCCGCAUAUUAUUUCAGUAUCUUAGCAUUUAAUCUACGAUACCUAUUUUCGGGUUCGAAAUCUGGCUCUGGUGUAUAUUCCGAUCCAUUUUUAUGGUUAAUAGGAACGCGGAUACGAAGAUUAAGUCAAGCAGAUUUCCAAGCUUUUGAAGCGAUUAAGAAUGCUGCAUCUUCAAUACCAGGGUCGAAUCUAGGAAUAAGAAGUCUAUUGGAUCCAAGACUGGCAAUGGGAAGAAUAGGUUCUGGAUUAAAACUAUUACUACCAACCAGUAUCUUUGCGCUGAAAUUCCUGGAAUGGUGGCAUGCGAGUGAUUUUGCAAGACAAUUAUCUCGAAAAGCAAUAGAAGGAUUAGAAUUACCACCGCCUAUUAUAUCAUACACCCCUUCUCCUGUAACAAAACCGGAGACCACGUCAAAAUCCUCAUCAGAAGAAAAACAACCGUCAGAAGUAGAAGAACCAACAAAUCCCCCGAUCUCAACCAUAACCCAACUCCCCAUCUAUGUCGUCCCAGCUCCUUCCACCUCGACCUCCUUAGAAAAUUGCCCAAUCUGUCUCGAAGAAAUCACGACGCCAACCGCGUGUCAAACAGGAUAUGUGUAUUGUUAUACUUGUAUUCAUAGGUGGAUUGAGGGGUUGCAUGAUUUGCAGGAGAAGUUUAUGAAGGGUGAUGUGAAGGUGGAUGGGGAAGGGAAAGGAGAGAAGGGAAGAGAAGGGAAGUGGGAAAGUGGAGCAGGCAGAUGUGCGGUUAGUGGACGGAGGGUAUUAGGGGGUGUCGGUGGGUUGAGGAGGGUUUUGGUUUAA